GCUCUUAGUACCAGAGAGCAUGAACCUAACAUUCUGUCCCUGGAUGCCCUUUAUUGGUCACAGAGUCCAUCAUUAAUGCAUACUGCGGCAGGACACAUAGCAUAGAGCAGCUAACAGAUCUUGGGAGAGUUCAUCAGAGUGAGCAAGCCACUGUGUCUGGGCAGAUCAUUCCUUUGAGUAUGUCAAGAUCCAGUUCUUUCUGGGCCACUUCCAAAAUCCCAACAGCAGGAAGCCUGUGUUUGCCACUGUUCCAGCUGGUGCUCUCAGAUCUAUCGUGUGAAGAAAAUGAAAUGUGUGUAAACUAUGAUAACCAACAUCCUGAUGGCUGGUAUAUCUGGUUCCUACUGCUGAUUUUCUUGGCGGUUCUCCUCUGUGGAGUUGUGCUUCUCUGUCUCCAGUGCUGGCUGAAAAGGUGCCGAACUGACUCUCCCAGACGUACCGUGGCUGUUUUUGCUAUUGGAGACUUGGAUCUCAUUUUUGGUACAGAAAUGGCUGGAAGUCCAAGGGCUGGAAUCUGCCUUCCUACACCAAACACUGAACUGUGCCAGGCUCCAUGUUUUGGUGCUUUAGGUCCUCCACCUCCUUAUGAAGAAGCUCCCAAAACAAGCUGAUUGUAGCCAGGAUCAACAGUGGAACGCAUUAGAAAUAUUUGUAAAUAGAGACAACGAGUUUUAGGCAAAUUCUAUGGCUUAGUGGAAAUUCUUGGAGGUCUCUUACAGAGUCUGAACGUACUAGCAAACAAAUGAGUGGAUGGAAGGGGGAAAAAAUGGCCGUAGUGAUGUUUUGACAGUGAAUUCGUGGACUCUGUAACAAUGCUUCCUUACACGUUUAGACUAGACAACAGCCACAUUUUCUUUGCUAAGAAGCCAGCAAUAGGUGCUAGGAAUCAUGUGCGUUAAUUAAGCCUCCCACUGCCUUCCACAGCAUAUCAUUUGAUGCUCCAACAUCUCCAUCUUCACCAAGCCUCUAAUAGAGUCAGUGAAAAAUAGAUAAAUUCAGAAAUAAUUUAACAAUGGUUCGAGCAUAGAUUCAGGUGUGACUAGAGGGAGAAUAUUGGGCUAAAGCCGAAAUGAGAGAAUCAGAAGAAAGCACUGCAUUUGAAGUUGGCCGAGGAGAACAAAUGGAAAGGAAGAGGAAAGAUUGCAAGACUCAAUAAGGAAGUUCUGCUCCCCAGCUGGAGAACAGAGAACGUGUACCUAGAAGCAGAAGACUGCCUAAGACAUAAGCUGUGGGUAAUGGUGACAUGGGAGAGAAGGGGAAGGGUGUCAUUGUCCUUGGGGAAUGUGAACUCCAGAGCCCACUCUUUCCUGGGUCCCUUAGGAUUUGCAGCAGAAUAGAAAGAAACUUUGUUAUAGAUGCCUUUUGCUGCUUGAGGACUGACAGAAGAAGUAGCAACUUGAAAUUUCUAAGCAUCAUUUGGCAGAGGCAGGG